UUGAGCUGUCAAAACAUGGGUUUCUCUUGUCUUCAACACUUGCCGUUUGCCAUGGCCAUGGUUCUUAUGUUAUGCUUUUUCCUCUUGAAUUUGGUAUGGUUAUGCUGGCUUUCUCCCAUGAAAAUGAAGAGAAGGCUUGAGAAGAAGGGUUUCAAAGGGCCACCACCCAAAUUCCCUUUUGGAAACAUCAAUGAGAUGAGAAAGAGGGCCCCUUUGGCACCCAAUUCACUUAUAAACCAUGACAUCCAUGCAAGGGCCUUCCCUUACUUUGCUCAAUGGAGAAAAUCCUAUGGGGAUACCUUUGUAUACUGGCUUGGAACUGAGCCAUUUCUUUAUGUAGCUGACCCUGAGUUUGUGAAACUCAUGAAUUCAUCAAUGGGUGGCAAAGGGUGGGGAAAACCUUCAGUUUUUAAGCAUGACAGGAAGGCCAUGUUUGGGAAGGGACUGCUCAUGGUUGAAGGAGAAGAAUGGGCUCACCAUAGACAAACAGUUGCCCCUUUCUUCUCUAGUGGCAAUUUAAAGGCAAUGAUAGAUAUAAUGGUGGACUCAACAAAUAAAAUGUUGGAUGCCUGGAGCAAGCUGGUAGAUUCUGGCACCACAGAAAUCGACGUUGAAAGCGAGAUAACAAGAUCAGCUGCCGAGAUCAUAGCAAGGGCUAGCUUUGGUGUCAGUUAUGAGAAUGGCAAAGAUAUCUUCAAAAUGCUCAGAGCAAUUCAACAGAUUCUCUUCAAGAGCCAACGCCCUGUUGGCGUCCCCUACAACGGGAUCCUGCACCUCAGGAACCUCAGAAAGGCCGUACAACUAUUCCUCUUGAGCAAACAAGUCGACUCUAGUUUCCUAAAGCUCGUAAAUGAUCGCCGCUCUAACACUGAUAUCCAGAGAACAGACUUGCUUGGCCUCUUGCUGAGGGAUGGCACAAGUGAGAAGGAGAGGAGGUUUACUAGCCAAGAGCUUGUUGAUGAGUGCAAGACAUUCUUCUUUGCUGGUCAUGAGACCACAUCUCUAGCUCUUAGUUGGACUCUUAUGCUCCUGGCUUCACAUGUGGAAUGGCAGAAAGAGCUAAGGGAGGAGGUCAUGGAAGCCACCAAGGGAGAAACCCUAGAUUCAAACAUGCUCCCAAAGCUCAAAAAGAUGGGUUGGGUGAUGAAGGAGGUGAUGAGGCUGUACCCUUCAGGACCAAACGUCCAAAGACAAGCAAGAGAAGACAUCCAAAUAGGUGACAAAAUGGUUCCCAAAGGGACCAACAUAUGGGUCGACAUUGUAGCUUUGCACCAUGACCCUAGACUAUGGGGUGAGGAUGUGAAUGAGUUCAAGCCUCAGAGAUUUAGAGAAGGGGUUCAGGAGGCUUGCAAACAUAGAACAGGGUACAUACCCUUUGGUUUUGGGAGUAGAAUGUGUGUAGGUCAAAAUCUCUUUAUGAUGGAGUAUAAGGUGGUAUUGGCAAUGAUUUUAAGUAGGUUUUCUCUAUCAAUUUCCCCAUAUUAUUGUCAUUCUCCCACAAUAAUGUUGUCCCUUAGGCCUUCUCAUGGGGUGCCCCUCAUCCUUCAUCCCUUGUGAGAUGUAAUUUUAGGUUUUAGGUUUUCUUCCUUAUUGUUUUUCUUUUUUGUUGCUAGUGUUCUUUGAGGAGUUUCAAUGUAGGAUAUUAGCAUUGUAUCCUAAUGCCCCUAACCACUGAGCCAAGCUGCCAAAGCCUUAUGAUGGGCUCUUUCAUUGUAAUAUCAUUGAAAAUAAGUGUUUGAGAAUAUAAAUGCUGCAUAUGUUGGAAUUAAACCAGAUUGACUAGUGCUUCAAACCAACUUUAGUAGAGGUUAAGCAGUUUUGGAUUCGAAUUACGAAGAAUUGAGAAUUUUUG